AUGGCUAGUGCUAAACUGUUCAUAAGAUCAGCCUCCUUAUUGAUAUGUUUGGUGUUCCAGCUCAUCUUCUAUGAGGACAGGAACUUCCAGGGACGCUUCCAUGAGUGCAACAGCGACUCCAGCGACCUGCACACUUACUUCAGCCGCUGCAACUCCAUCAGGGUGGAGGGUGGAUUCUGGGUGAUCUAUGAAAGACCUAACUACAUAGGCUACCAGUAUGUCCUUACCCCAGGGGAGUACCCUGACUACCAACACUGGAUGGCCUUCAACGACACCGUCAGGUCCUGCCGGAUGAUCAGAAAUGUGGGAAACGCCUGGAGAAUGAAAGUGUGGGAGAGGCCUAACUUUGAGGGCCAGAACAUUGAACUGGCAGACAACAUACCGUCGUUCCAUGAGCGCUGGCACAAUCGGGAAGUCAACUCCUGCAAGGUGUUGGAGGGAGCCUGGGUCUUCUACGAGCACCCCAACUACAGGGGGCGCCAGUGGCUGCUGGAAAGGGGAGAGUACAGGCGCUACACUGAGUGGGGAGGCAUGCAGGGCAACGUGGGCUCCGUUCGCCGUGUGAAGGACUUUUAGACACGUCACCUCAGGCUGCUGU